AUGAUACGACCAGCGACAACACUCCCUCGACGUUUUAACCAAACCCUUGCAAGACGCUCUCUCUUCACGCGUCCUCCACCUCCACCUAGAUCCUCAUACAUCGCCAACAAAACCUACCCAGCCAUAAUCUGGCACAAUCUAAUCCCCACCAAAUUAAAAUACCUCGCCACUAUCGGUAUCGCAUCUUGGCCAGUUGCACACGCCCAUCCAAACACAGUCAUCAUAUUAGGUCCACCAUUAUUAUUAGGUUCAUAUUUCGGAUAUAAAAAAUUUCGUCAUUUCCAAUAUUUAUCCAAUUUGAAAAGAAUUGGAAUUGAUUAUAUGAACAAAGAUGAGAUUGUCAGAUUUGAGAAAUAUGACGAAACUAGUGUUGAGAAUGUGAUGAAUGGGAUUGAGAAUGAAUUUGAUUGUUUGAAGAGACAGGUGAUUGAUGUCGUGGAGGGGCGGAUUGUUGAGUAUAUUGCGAUGAAUGAUGGUGCGAAGGACAAUAAUGUGCUUUCAUUGUUUAUGGAUGAGAAUGAUCAGUUUCUGAUUAAUAUUUCUGAGAAUGAAAUUGAGACGUGGAUGACUAGUCAGGCUGAGGUUUCAGAUUUGGUUGAAGGGGAGGAUGAGGGAAAGAUGGUUAAAACUGGGUUUAUGAAGUUGUCACUUCCAUUUUAUUCAAGGGGUGAUGCAGAGAGUAAGAAGAGAUUGGGUACUAUUCUGGUGUAUUUGUUGCAAGUACCUCCUACUGAGAAUAAUGACCAAGAUUAUAAAAUUGGAAUUGAAAUCACUCCAUUAUCAUGGUUUAAACCAAAAUCAUUGUAUUUCUCAGAAUUACCCGGCAAAGGGAUUUUCAAAAGUAAACUCCAUCAAAAGGUCAAACUUGAAGAUCAAUAG